GGGGAUGCGGGACAGGAAGAUGAGAAGCUGCAUCAUUUAGAGCAUUGCAUGGCCGAAGAUGGGUGUCUCUGCUGAGGAUGACAAUGCUUUAUUGAGAUUUACGGAUGUUUAUUUUAUAUUUAGGUUUUUCAUUUUAAAAAUGAGAUUUGAGGCAGCGUUGUGAUUCCUUUUAGGGGCGGCAGGUUUGUUGUCUACCUCAGCUGUUUCUCCCUCCGGCGGGGCUCUCCGCUCAUCCGACGCAGGGAGGAGAGGGCCGGAGGAGGGGGAGAGGGAGCGAUGGCUGCCGGUGGAGCAGGAUGCGGGGACACCGUGGAGCAAUGCCGGGCCGAGGUGGAGCGUCUGACCCGGGAGCUGGCCGAGGCCAACCGAGAGAAGAUCCGGGCGGCGGAGUGCGGGCUGGUGGUCUUGGAGGAGAACCAUAGCCUGAAGCAGCAGUACGCCGAGCUGGAGGCCGAGCAGGAGACGCUGAGGCUGGAGCUGGAGCAGCUGCAGGAGGCGUUUGGCCAGGCCUACUCUACCCAGCGUAGGGUGGCAGAAGAUGGGGAGACCAACGAGGAGACGUUGCUGCAGGAGUCUGCCAGCAAGGAGGCUUACUACAUGGGCCGCCUCCUGGAGCUCCAGUCGGCUCUGACGAAAAGCCGGGCCACCUCCUCUAACGUUCUGGCUGACAACGAACACCUGAGCACACUGCUGCAGGAGCUGAGGGAGCAGAGCAAUGACAUGUUGGAGCUUCAGCGCAGCCGGAUGCGAGAGGAGAUCAGGGAGUACAAGUUUCGAGAGGCACGGCUGCUCCAGGACUACACCGAGCUGGAGGAGGAGAACAUUACGCUGCAGAAACUGGUGUCGACACUCAAACAGAAUCAGGUGGAGUAUGAAGGUCUGAAGCAUGAGAUUAAGGUCCUGGAGGAGGAGACGGAGAUCCUAAACAGCCAGUUGCAGGAUGCGCUGCGUUUGAAGGACAUGUCAGACGCUCAGCUGGAGGAGUCCCUGGAGUCUCUGAAGAGCGAGCGUGAGCAGAAGAAGCACCUGCGCAGGGAGCUGGUACACCACCUCAGCAUGUGUGAUGUGGCCUACACAGGAAGUGCCCACCUCACGUUCAGCUCCGCCCCGCCCAGUGGAACCGCCACCCCGACGACUAUGCUCUCCCCAAACGCAGAAGAUCCAACGAGGUGUAAUGGCCACCUCCAGGGUGGGACCGCAGCGGGAACAGCAGGGUCGGUGCCCAGAGCUAAUGGAGACUGCCGGGUCUCGGGUUGGAAAUCUGAGGGUGGGGUGACGUCGGACCUCUUCAACGAGAUGAACAUGACAGAGAUUCAGAAGCUCAAGCAGCAGCUGGUGACGGUUGAACGUGAGAAUGUCUCCCUGAUGACCAGUCUGCAGGAGUCCCAGAGUCAGCUUCAACACACCCAGGGUGCCCUGACCGAGCAGCAUGAGAAGUCCCUCCGCCUGAACCAAAGAGUCACUGUCCUUCGCCGCCUGAAUCGCAGGGCCCGCCUACACCAUGAAGCCCCUGCUUGUGCCCCCUCUCAGCUCCACCCUGAGGCCCUGGUGGAGCUGGACAAAGAUGAAGAGGAGGCUGAAGAGGAAGGAGGGACUGAGGAGGAUAGGAGUGAGACACUAAACAAAAGUCAGGUAUUUUCUUACCAGACGCCAGGACUGGAGAUUCUGCAGUGCAAGUACCGUGUGGCUGUGACAGAGGUGGUGGAGCUCAAGGCGGAGGUGAAAUGUCUCCGUGAUCGACUGGCUCAGGGUGUGGAGGCGGCAGGGGAGGAGAAACCAAGGCGAAACAGUCUGCAGAAGCUGGACAGGCAGGUCAACACGUUGGAGAAGAACUGCCGGGAGGGACGUGAGAAGAUUUCUAGCCUGGAGUUGGAGUUGCGGGCAGCUCAGUCAGCAGCCAGCGAGAGUCGGGGUGCGUUGAACGCAGCUCAAGAUGAGUUGGUGAUUCUCAGUGAGGAGCUCGCCCAGCUCUACCACCACGUCUGUCUGUGCAACAACGAGACGCCCAACCGUAUCGUGCUGGACUACUACAGACAAGGCAGAGGGCUCCGGGGCCUCAGUGCCACUCUUAAAGCCAUGUCUGCUGACAACAGCAAAGUUCUCCUCACACCACGCCUCGCCAGGCGGCUGGCCGCUGUCGCUUCAUCCACCCUGACUCCCGGGGAGUCGCGUAGCCCCUCGCAGUCUCCAUCCAAGGAGCCUUUAUCUAGGGAAGGUGGCGGGGAGGAGAAGGGAAAGGGGGGCCUCCUGGAGCCACCUGAGCAGAGCCUGCCGCCCUGCACACCUCCAACCCGCUCACCUAGCAUCAGUGCCUCUUCAUCAAGUUCCUCAUCAUCCUCGCCUGCCCUGGACCCAGCUGGUGAGCUGCGCAGGGAGCCCAUGAACAUAUACAACCUCAACGCCAUCAUCAAAGACCAGGUGAAGCACCUGCAGCGGGCAGUAGACACGUCUCUGCAGCUGUCCAGACAGAGAGCUGCAGCCAGAGAGCUGGCACCUCUGAUGGACAAGGACAAGGAGGUCUGCAUGGAGGAGAUCCUGAAGCUCAAGUCUUUGCUCAGCACCAAGAGAGAGCAGAUCGCCACCCUCAGACUGGUACUCAGGGCCAACAAACAGACGGCUGAAGGGGCUCUGUCCAACUUGAAGAGUAAGUAUGAGGCGGAGAAAACCAUGGUGAGGGACACCAUGACGAGGCUGAGGAACGAGCUGAAGGCCUUGAAGGAAGAUGCCGCCACUUUCUCAUCUCUGCGCGCCAUGUUUGCCACCAGGUGCGAUGAGUAUGUUACCCAGCUGGAUGACAUGCAGAUGCAGCUGGCUGCGGCAGAGGAUGAGAAGAAGACUUUGAACUCCCUCCUGCGCAUGGCUAUCCAGCAGAAACUGGCCCUCACCCAGCGCCUGGAGGAUUUGGCUUUCGAUCAAGAGCAGACCCACCAAACCCGCGGGGGGCGGCUGCACCGCAUCAAGACCAGCACCCCCAAAGUAAGUCCCUCGGCCUCUUCUUCGGCAUCCAACCUAGCCCAAGGCUCCACUUCCGCUAUGACCCCUGUCAGACCUUCCCUUUCCAACCUUCUUAGCUCUACGUCAAUUCUCCCUGAUGACCCCACUCUGCCCCUUAGUCCAUCUGUGGUCAGUGCGGCACUUGCUUCAGCUCUCACCUCCCCCACAUCACAUUUUCACACUUGCAGUCCGUCAUCACCGGCCGGCGCCUCAUUGGUUAGCCCUCUAGCGCCAGAGAGCCCCCCGUGUCUGGAGGCCCCCUCCUCUCCCUCGCCGCGGACCCCGCCCUCAACCUCUCUGAAGCUGGCUCACUCCCAGUGGACCAUGGGGGUGCGGACGUUUGUGGUUGACUCCCACAGUAUCAGUGUCAACAUCACCCCCAAUCUGUCCCAUAGUCCGGGCCCCUCCAGACACAUCACCCCAGACUCUUUUAGCUCUUCCCCAUCCACCACAACAACCAGGCCCACCCAACCAGGAUCGGGCCCCUCUUCCCCCUACCGCUCGCCUAUUUUGGGGCUCAGGCGCUCCACAUGGAGCCCCUCACCCCGAACUCGGCCAUUGUCCAGCCUGACGCGCUCUUCUGUCCUCUACGCUCCUUCCUCACCCUCCCCUUACUCUUCCUCUCACUCCCCAUCUCCCAGCUAUUCCUCUGCCUACUACGGCUCUUCUUCUUCUGUUUUCACCCCCUCUCGCUCCUACCUCGCCUCUGGCACCACCAACUCCUACGGCCACUCCACCAGCUACACGCCCCUCUACCCAAGACACUACAGUUCUUACCGGCCCCGGCACUAACCCCUUAAUAAAUCCUUUGAGCCUUUUGAAGGCUUCUCGACUAGACUCCUUAUUGACAUUAAAAAACUGCAACUCCCAUCAUCCUUCUCUUUCUGUCACCUGAGAGAAUGGGCGCUCACAGAGAGGAGGACAAAGUGGUUUCCUGUUUCCCCGUUCCUUUUUUCCUGUGCCUAAGCUUUGGCCAAUGGGUUCUGAAUGUUCAGUGACUUUGCUCAGGGAUUUGACAAAUGGAGCACAAGAGGCCCCACCUUCCUUCUAUUACGAGACUGCUGAUUGGUCCACAGGAGGACUUUAAUAGAGACUUUUUAUAAUGAGAGUUUUUAGGCAUCAAGUUCUUCAGAUUGAAGUGACACAUGCAUGAUUUAAGCGCAGAGACAUUCAGACACUGACUGGACAUUUGGAGGACACUUUCAUAAGUUUGAAUGAAGGCCAUGACAUAUUGAAUAGCGUCCUCUAUAUUCAAUAUAAUAUCCACCGAGUCUGUAUACACAAACACUGUAAACCACAUGUCUUUUAAGCAAGCAUUCUCCUUGGAUGCCCAACGAUUCAGUAUGAUUCAAACAAAUGAAGUUGCAAGUGAACGCCACAAAUCAAAGGAAAAAGUGUUUACACCAGUUACAAAUGGCCACACUUAAAGGUCUGUUGUCGUUUUUAGAGUUAGAAAAUGUAUCGUACGCAGCACCCCUGAAAGCCAACGAUGCAACAAGAAAUGUGUUUGAAGCAUAAUGACUCCUUGAGUGUUCCCAGCUUUGACCUCACUUUAUAAUCUCUCUUUCACAAAAACACAUAUACACACUUGUAUGAUGACAGUUGUGGACAAGGCUUGAUGGACUAGUCGUUGAUACAUGUUUGUCAUGGUGGGCAUUGCUUUCUAAGUGCACCUCAAUGAGUAUUCUUUAUUUCUUGUCCAUCUCUAGCACCACCAAGCGGUUUGUUCUUAUAUAGCCAUGUACUCAGCUAUGCAUGUUCACGUUUGGAUGCUCUUACUGUAGGCUUCCUCCCCCUUCCAAAUAAAAAACUAACGGAUAGAGGUGCAGGCUGUAUGGAAGGUCAUGGCAGGGAAGAAGUUACAAGAUGGAGGAAGGAGAGCACUCAAACAUGGCAUAAGACCAGUCAGCCUAAUAUCUUCUCAUGGUACAGAAAAACAUUUUGACUUGGAGUUAGGUAUGGGAAGUUUCUCAAGAAGCUGAUGUUCUCUUCACCUCGUUUUUUUUUUUUAACUUGCCUUAAGUUUAUGACUAAUUAAAAAGGUACUUCUAAUGUUACUCUUUCCAAAAACAUCACACUAAAGAGGACAUUCUCCAAUAUUGCACUAGGGCUGCUCGAUUAUGGCAAAAAUCAUAAUCUCGAUUAUGUGGGUCAAUAAUUGAUAUCACGAUUAUUAAAAACGAUUAUCCAUUUACUUAGAAAACAUUUAUUGAACUUUUUUUUUUUAACAGUAUGUUUUUAACAGUUGAUUACCCUGAACGUUAAGUAAAAUCGUUUUAUUUCGAUUAUGUUGUUUUCAUAAUCGUUGCAAGCCAAAAUCGUAAUUGCGAUUAAUUGAGCAGCCUUACAUUGCACCAAUAAGUUAGUUAGUCCCAAGCAAGACGUAAAUCCCAACCUACUACAUCAGUUAGGAUUCGAGCAUUAAUGUAUUUUUGAGUAACCAUAACCUGAAAGGGGAAUUUAAUCAACAAGUAAUUUAAUGUCAAUUGAUUCAAAGUAUUUCCACACACCAAAUUAUUUUGUAUCUUUAUGACAUGACUAUUAUGACUCCCCAUCAUGGCUGACUUAGAGUUAUACUAGUAAACUCACAAUGUAGCACCGUUAUGCCUCCGAGGCCAUCUGCAGAGGUUCAGUGACACAGAAUGAAUGUAUUCAGGAUUAAGUCUUGGUAACGGCACUGCACCAAACUCAGGGAACGUGACACACCUUAUUCAACCUAUAAUGAGUCAACAACCAAACCAGAAUGACUACAAAACGUAUGAUGUUGUUAACUAGUCUAGUUAAAGGUGUUUUACAUCUUACCUAGUCUGGCAAGAAGAUUGUUAUUCAUUGUAUCUCUUUGUCCAGUACAGAGACCGUUCUGGGGUUUGUGGAUUCACAAUUGAGGUUCCCUUUGACCUGAGUUGACGGCAAUUCAUUUCCUAAAAGUAUUUUUGUUGUACUUUUAACUGCUGGCUAACAUAUGUGAGGCAUAUGAGUUUAGCACACAUGAUACCGUAUUCCCUGUGUCUGUGUGUGCCUUACAAAACCGAUUAUACAGCACCUACACAGUGUAGCCUAAUAACAAAUGACUGUCUGAAACCAAAACCUUUUUAAAGUGCUUCCUUUAUUUAUGUUUUCCUGCAGGCUUAAAUGCUGUCUUUUUGUGUAUUUGUUUUUGGCCUGGAUUGCUUUUAAUGAGGUUGGAUAAUGACUCAUCAAAGUCAGAUAAUGCUUGUAACUGUCAGAAGAUUUUUUCUUUCUGGGUCUGAGAAUACAGAUUCCUGCCUUUCACUUUUCUGCAAUGUACACCUUGCUUUCCCCGCCCUUAGAAUCACUGCAAACCUUGAUUGUCACUUUUUUCUCUCUAGAUCUAGUAACUCAGACUAUCACAGUUGUCUGUUGAACACUGACUCUUUGAACACUGUAAAUGGAUGCAUCCUCUUGCCUUUAACAUACACAUUUUUGAUAUGCAAAAGGGGGAAAACACUAAUUUGACAGGCACCUUUAUUUUCAAGAUUUCUGAUUGGCUCCUUUGAAAGUUGUAUUUGCCGUGGUAGGCCCAUAUCUUGCCUGUAUUGUAUGUUAAACCAUUAAAGCUCUAUGUCUGCGAUCAUAUUUCUUAAUGAGUUAAUGGCAUUUAAGCAAAACAACUAUUUGCAUUAAUGUACUGCUUUUUCAUCACUGACAUUGUGAAAGAUGUCAAAUGUUUUAGACACACAGUGUUGGAUUGUUCGUUCACAUCCCUGUCUGAUCUUUACUGCACUCGAGCUGAUCCAUUUCUUUGAAGUAGUUAAAACCCUAACAAAACAUGCUUGUUUAGAGCAAGCAGAAUGUUUCUCUUGAACCACUUAUCCAAACACUCAACACAACACUUCCUUUGAUCCUGAGCAGUACACACAUAAGAUAACACCUGGGAUUGACCCUAACCCUAACCCUAAAGGUUUUUAUGAUUUUAAAUGAUGAAAAGUAUUGAAUAUUUAUUAUGGUACUUAUCCAACUAAUUAUACCAAAUAACGUACAUAAAGCUCCAUAUUCACUUGAAAAAUGUGUUACUCAAUAGUAUACUACAAUGUCAAUGUAUUUCUAUCGUACAUUUACCGGACAGAGGUUAAAGGGAUUUCAAAGUGGACUCUAAUAGAAGGAACAAUAGCGGUGUGGGUGUAAUAUGUAUUUUGAUUACGGUAUAAAAAGGAAACCAGUUUGAUCUCCUCUCUGUGAUACCCUUUCUCUGUCUAAACACACACAACAUACACAAAGACAUCUCCCUGUUCUACGCCAACAUACCAAUCUCAAUCAAGUGAACGUUAACAUUUCAAUAACUGCUUUGAGCUUACUGGGUGUUCUUAAAGGCACUAACUUUAUUUCAGUGAAAUGGAAAGAGUUUUUCCCAUACAGGCAAAGCAACAGAGCUAGUUUUCAGAGAAAAAUUAACUUGUUGACUGGGUUGGACUUUAAUGGCCCAAGAUUACACUUAUUCUGUCACUUAUUAUCUUUAGAAAUGGAAAGAGCCGGUGCUAACCACCCAAGAAAACUUUUGAUACUAACUUUGUAAAAGCCACACGGGUUGGCCUGCAGAAACUGAAGCAGUGCUCAAAAAGUUUUGCAUCAAUGGAAGAAAAAUUGGUUUCAUGUGUUAAGAUGUGGUUGGAUUUGGGGCCAUGAGAGCUUUACAAAACGUAAAAUGUAUAUAUAAAAAUUGAAGUCUAAUUACCUGGACUUCAUUUAUUUAAUGCUUUUACAACUGAGUUCAGCUUUCACACACACAUCCAUACAAAACACUAACAUUCUCACACACUCAUUCACAGUUGGCUAGGCCAUUAGGAGCAAUUUGGGUUUAGUAUCUUGCCAAAGGACACUUGGAUCUACAGUAGUUCUCUUCACCAACUGGUUUAGCAGUUUAAUUAUAUUUAAUAACAACCAGACAGCUAAAUGUAAUACAACUUAAAGUGUCCGAUGUCUGUUUACUUUCUGACCACUUUCAAUGAUACAUAACAGGUAUUUUAAAGCCUUAUAUUUACUGUAAAUAUCUACAUAAUUACAUUGUGUCUCAUAUUUUGUGAGUUUGUAAUUAUGGGUUCAAGAGCAUACAGUAAAAAAAAGAAAAGAAAGAAAAGCAACUACAUUUGAAUUUCUAUCAGAAUGUCAUAUUCAAAUAGCCUUAAUAAUAUGUGGGUAAGUGUUAGGUCCAUGAUUCCCCCCCCUUUGGAAAAGCCUUUAUGAUCCCGCAUGAUGAUAUCAGUUAAUAAGGCGUGUUUGUGCCGUAUCUAUCUAACAGU